AAACGUUUGGAGUGACGAUGAGGUGGGUUUAAAUUAUUUUGAUAGGGCUGCAGCCCCAACCAUUUUCCAAAAUGGAGAAGGGUUUAUAGUGAAGGUCUGAAGCCCUGAACCAAGAAAAAGGAGCAUUGCCUCUCUCUGAAUACCUCCCCACUCUCUCUCACUCCCCCUGUGUCCUCUACCUCAACUCUGCACUCGUUUCUCCCCUAUUAUCGUGCGCUCUCUCAAACGAGAAUCACUUUCGAAGUCUCAUCUUCUUCAACAUUCUUCAUCUUCUUCAACAAGGUUUCAUCUAAGAUACACCAUCGCCACAUGAGGUUCCAUACAUGUCCUCGGCCCCGAGCUGCUCUUCCUUAAAAAUCUGAACCACGCAAUGUGUUCAAUCCCCACGACCUCUAUAGCGCCCCCGAUAAGUGGCAACCGGCUUUCUGCAAGAAAUCUCAGAGGGGUUACUCUGAAUUCAAAAAUUAGAGCUAUUUCAGCAAAACCCGUCAUGGGUAUGGUGAGAGAUGAAAGGUUUAUGAUAGAGAAAGACAAUUGUGGGAUUAGAAAUGGGGAUGGAGUGAUUGUAGUUGACCAUGGGUCCAGACGCCAAGAGUCCAACCUAAUGCUGAAUGCUUUUGUGGCAAUGUUUAAGGAGAGAAGUGGUUACCCCAUCGUGGAGCCUGCUCAUAUGGAGUUGGCAACACCAUCAAUUAAAGAUGCAUUUUGUGCAUGCGUACAACAAGGGGCUAACCGCAUUGUUGUGAGUCCAUAUUUCCUCUUCCCUGGGCGGCAUUGGAAACAGGACAUCCCAUCCUUGGCUGCCGAGGCAGCUAAGGAGCAUCCUGGUAUCCCUUAUGUUGUAACUGCACCUCUUGGUCUGCAUGAACUGAUGGUGGAUGUAUUGAAUGACAGAAUCAAGCACUGUUUAAGCCAUGUUGAGGGAAAUGCAGAUGAGUGUGACGUGUGUGCUGGUACGGGUGGGUGCCGUCAGAUUGUAGCCUGAAGAGAGGGUAAAUUUUUUUUUUGGGUCAUCUAGGCUUGAGAUUUCAAUGUAAACUAAUAUUUUGAAUGUCAAUUAGUUUAUUAUCAAUAAAUGGGAACCUUUUUCUUUUUUGUC